AACGUUUUAAUUCGUAGAAUUCAUACCCGGUUGACGUCAGAGCGGUUCACACUCAAGCUGGGAGAGGGUAAAGAAUUGAAAGGGGGUGGACGAACCGAGGGGCAUAAUCCCUAGCUUUAGAAAGUAUUUAUGAUCUCUUUCUAAUAUUAUCUACAAUUAAGGGUCAGAAUGGUGCAACGCACGCAUUGUGCACCAUCGUUUCUAUGCAUCCCUGUAUUGUUUAGUAAUCUUUGCCUAUGCAUUCUGUGUAAAUGCAGCGUCUGUCAAUAGUGGAAGUGUAUGUGUUUACAUGUAGUUAUUUAAAAAUUUUGGUUUUUGGUGAAUUUUCUCAUUAGUGCAGUGUCCAGAAAGAAAAAAUGCCGCAGUGCUACGUUUCUUCUUGUUCAAAUUAUUACGGUAAAACGCGAGGAAACAGUAAAAUUAUUUAUCACAUGAUACCAACCGAUACCGAAUUGCUUUCAAAAUGGAUAAAAGUUUGCCGUACUGGUAAAGAACCGCCACCACCUCACGCUAGAGUAUGUAGUGAACAUUUUUCCGAGAAUUGCUAUCAGAGAGAUCUACAACACGAGUUGCUCGGUUUACCUCUUCGAAGAAAAUUGAAAUUCGGAGCUAUUCCAGAUUUAAAUUUGCCUUCAAAAAAUGUUAAACACAAAAAGCAGGUAUUAAAAGAUGUCGAUUGUCAAAAUCAAGUUGAAAUUAGAAAAACUAAAGGUAAAAAGAUUACCAAUACCAAGAAUUAUGAAAAUAUAUCGUCAAAUGUUGAUACCAAACAAAAGGAGAGUUUAUUGAAAAAAUUAAAAGAACAAGUUAGUUUUCUUGAAGGUAUUAAUAUUGAAGCAGUAGCUGUAACUACUAAAAAUGAUAUUCCUAAACAUACGGGGAAAUUUAAAAAGAAAGAGAGAAUGGUUAUAUUAAGGAAAGUUUCAAAUGAUAAAAACGACACAGUUAAUGAUGUUGUUACGAUACCUGUUGAUACCGAUAAAACAGAAUCUGCAAAUAAUUCAACAGGAAAUUAUACGAAAAGAAAGUAUAAAUCAGAAGGGAAUAGUGACGAAACAAAUACAAAAAAACUAAAGAGUAAAUAUCAAACAAAAGAAAAUAUACAAUCCGAUGAUACGAGUGAGGUAGUGGAUAACAGAAAACAUAUCGAUAAAAUUCCGAAACUAAAAAAAAUUAAAGAGGAAAAUAUAAAUAAAAUUAGAAGACCAAUGCGGUCGAGUAUUAGAAUUGCGAAAAAGAAAUCUAUCGAAAGUUUGAGUGAUUCGUUUACCGAAAAAAUCAACAAUAUGAAAGAAUGUAAUAAAGGCGAACGAUUUACGGAUAAACUAAAAUUUAUGGCCAAAUUAGAACUUAAACAUGAGAAAAACAAUCACGAAGUUAUCGAUUUAGAUAAAUUUUUCGAAGAAAUAGCUGAUAAGGACUUGAGCAAUCUCAGCUUAAAUAAAAUGCAGAUUAUGGAAAACGUUGUCGAAGGCUGCAACGUCCAACCUUCAUCACCGGGACAUGCCGAGGAACGAGAUCAAGACGUUAAAAUAAAAUCCGAAAGCGUAAUAGAAGAAACUGAUAACAAACCAAUUACAGACAAUGACACCGACAAUAAAGAUAUCGAAGAUAAUAGGGGAAAGAGUAAAUCUGACAAUAUAUCGAACGGAGUUAAAGAAGAACCAGAUUCUAGCGAUAUACACGAUGACAAUUACAGUAAUAGCAGCUCACCUACGGCAGACAAUAAUAAAAGAAAAUCAGAAACCGAAGAAUAUCCUAUUAAAAAAUUAAGAUCGGAAAUACAAGAAAAUUUCCAUUCGAGAGACAAAAUUAUAAACGAUUUUAUCGAAAUGGCGGAUUGUAAUAAUUUCGAUCAAAUCAAUUCGUUUAGCGAACAGCUUUUAGCUGAAAUAAAAACGCUUAAUGAAUUCGCUAAAGAAAAAGAACGAGAGUGGAACAAUAUAAUCCACUUGAAAAAACUAAAAGAAGAAUUACUUCUUAGAAUGCAAAGAAAAAAACAAGUUUUAAUGCUCAGCGAAAAAACUGAUUACGCCGAACAGUUGAGCGAAUCUCAAAACGGCAACAUUGACGAAAGACUACGGACGUUACCUCAAAGUGUUUUAAGAUCAAAUUACCCCAAUUCCAAGACUUACUCGACCAAUUCUAGCCCAAACGGUAAUUUAUAUAAACAGAAAUUGAACGUUCCCAAAACGCAAAACAACAUCGACCUUAUGAGUUCCGUCGACAAGCAAGGAAAGAAACUCACUCUUGAUGUACAAUCCAUCAUUGCCGAUUAUAGACAAAGACAUCCCGAAACUGUGCCUCGUAGAGGAAGAAGAAUCAGGUGUUCUCCAAACGAUUCUAAUAAACUUUCCAACAGUAUUAUGAACUUUUCGUCGAUGGCACUGGGAAGCGGAGCUCAAGUUAGACAGGGAGAUGUUAACAACGAUCUUGGAAUUCUAUUAAAUAGUAUUAACAUGAGUAGACACGAAACAGCUAACAAAUUACCCAUCACGGAAACUGCUAAUUUACAAGACACAGUAUCAUUCAAAGAUAUGCUACUGCAAUUUGCGAAACUAUCCCAAAAUGAGAGAAACGAACUGAUUCAAAACGCAAUUAAACCGCCGCCACCUUAUCCAGAAGUUACAGUUCAUCCUGUACCAACGUCCACGCCACCACCAACGAAUUCUCUACUACAUGGAAUUUUAACAAAGUCGCCUACGAAACAAAAUAGCAAAUCAUCUUUCAGUCCAACAUUGGCUCGACUUCUGACAGCUCCUGAAAGAAAUAGCAGUGCGAUGGCCAUAUCAACGCCGAUAUCUAAUAGUACUGUUCACCCUUCCAACAUGUCCAUUUCAGAAAUAUUAUCAACCAGUAAGGCAUGCAAUGAAAUUACAAUAACACCAGUAGAUACCCAAUAUGAUUCUACGGCAACAAAAGGAAAAUCAAUGGAAGAAGAUGAAACUGAAGAUAGUGCAGAUAGACUAGUCAUAGAUGAGAAUAAUGAUACUGACAGCAAAAAACAGAAUAAUUCUGACAAUAAUUCCGAUGGUGGAGAUGAAGUACCACUUUGCCAAGGUUGUAAUCAAAAAUCCGCACAGUUUGUUUGUGCUGGAUGCGGAAAUCAAUGGUACUGCAGUCGAGACUGUCAGGUUUCUGCUUGGGACGAACAUUCUGAGGUUUGUUCUGGUUGAACAGUAAUGAAAUCAGUCUGAAAUCGCUUCGAAUAUAUUGUAUAUUUAAUAAAUAUUUUAUAUCUACUAAGUUAAGUACUAAGUACGUAAAGAUGGUGUUCCCCAGAGGUAUUUGUAAUACGAACAUAUACUACAAUCAAAAUGAACUAUAAAAUAUUCCGAUUUUGUAUCCUGUGAUCUAUUGGACCGAAUAUGAUAAUUUUUCCAAUGAUGUUACGGUAAAAGUAAUAAAUUCGUUGAUUAUAUAAAAUCACCACUGAAUUUGGUGAAUAUGGUAAAUUAUUUCAUAGCUAUCAAAUUUACCGGUUAGUUUAUAAAAUCCCCAACUCGUAAUGGGGAAUGUGACAAAAGUCCCCAACUUUACGAAAAUUCGUUCAAUUUGCGCAACUUCUUGGCACGUGACAACCACGUGAUUUCAGAAGUAGUUAUAAUUUUGUUCCAUGUAGACGUGACACUCGUGAAAAAUAAAACAUGGAAUGAUGGCUGGUAUGCUUGAGCGUUUUAAUUCCAAAUUACUUAAUAUUAUUAAUACUAAGAAAACAAACAGUGGUUAGGUUAGGUUAGGUAGUAACUACUCAAAAAACCUGCACUCUAUUCUACUGGCCCAAUAAGCAGGGUUCGUUGAUUUAAAUCUGAUUAUCCAUUAGUGUUUAAAAUGAUGUUAUAAUUAUGAAAGGCGUAGCUCAUAGUAUGAAAUUUACUUCAAUUAUAUUUUACCGAUGAAUAACUAUAAAUUUGAAGACUUGUUAACAAAAUCCGAUUUAUAUCAAAAAAAUCACGAACGCUGUCAAUAAGUCAUGAUAUUUAUCACAUUCCCCAUUACAAGUUAGUGUUGAUUAUGAUGAUAAGUGCAAAUGUAAAAUAUCCGGGAAGCUUUGUAAUUUUAAAACAAUCUAAUACGACUAAAGAAGUAAACUUACGUGUAAAUGCAAAUAAAUGAUUUGUUACCCAUAGAAUAUGGGUUUGGUUUGUUCUUACAAAAUAAUCCGAAUUUAUCAAAUGCCCCAUUAAGAGUUGGGGAUUUUAUAAACUAACUGGUAAAUUUGAUAAAUAUGAAAUAAUUUACUAAAUUCAGUGAUGAUUAAUAAUCAGCGGGCAAUUUUAUAUUAUCACCAAUUUAUCAUUUUUACUGUAACAAUUAUACUAUUUAAUGGAUAUUUUUUAACUUGCAUACCUCCAAAUGCCCAAUCUUUAAUAAACUAAAUUAAUAUUGUAUAUUUUGAAUAGUUCUACCAAAGAUUCCCAAAGUUUCACAAUAUUUUUUACUAAAAUAAGUGUAGGCUUAGUAAUUUAUGUAUUUUUGUGUAAUUAGUCAAACAAACGAUAUUGGACUAAAAUUUUCAAAAAAUCCCAAAUACCACUGUUUUUAUUUUCAAAAUAGCAUAGUAGAUAGUGAGUGAAAGCCCCAAUUGUAUUACAAGAAAUGUUUCUACAUUUUAUUAUGAUUAGUAAAACUGAAAGCAUAAUCAAAAAAAUAAUAUCAAAUAUCAAAAACUGUUACAAAAAUCCAUUUUUUUUUAUCUUGAAUGCAAUAUGUAAGAGCCCACCGAAUGAAUGUACCCAUGCCAAAUUUAAAUGAAUCCAUCCCAUCUAUGCAAAUCUAUAUGAAUCUAAUUUAAUCUAUAAGAAUCUAAUGUUUGUGAAUCAUAUCCAUGUAGACUCGAUUCAUACUAAUUGGAUCAGGUAUUUUUGAAAGAUCAUGAGACCAAACUUUUCAGGAGAGGUAAAAAACUAAAUAUUGAAAACAAAUUCAAGGUUACAUAAUGUUUGUUUUGAAAAUAUUAAAUAGGCACUCGUUUACAUGUUGAACAAUAAAAAAUGUUUACAUUUUUGAAAAAAAUGGCAUCAAAAGUGUUGAACUAGUAAAAGAUUAUGUAUUGGAUAAUUUGUGUUUAAUUCAAAAAAAUAAUCAGCAUAUGCUUACGAAUCAACUACUCCCUCCUCAUCAUCAUUUUCUGACGUAGACCACAGGAUAUAUAUAUAUAUAUAUAUAUAUAUAUAUAUAUAUAUAUAUAUAUAUAUAUAUAUAUAGGUGCUUCAAGCAGGCAUUUUAGGCAUGGAAGUGAUCCCCUUACACUCUUUUCUAUUUUAUACUUUCGUUUUCCAGUCCUGAAUUCCUCUCUCUCUCUCUCUCUCUCUCUUUCUUGUCCUUGUUCUAUGUCCAUUAGUCCAUUAUUUUUUUUGCUGCUCUAAAAUGGCAGUCUCUGUAUGUUACCCAGCCACUCUAUACUUUUGCAUCCUUAGUUCUGCUUCUCCAAAUAGAUUCCUUAUUUCGUUAUUUGUUCUUCUCAACCAUAAUUCUCCAUCCUUUUUAGUCUCCCUGUUCUGUUCAAACCGAUUUCGCAUACUAUCCAUUCUAAUACUAUAUUGAACAGCAACAAUAUUUUUAAUAUUUAUUGGAAUUUUUCCUAAUGGAUAUGCUUUUUCGCUGGGUAAAAUAGAGUUUUCGAGAACAAUUGUCUCGUCCAUUUCCUAGUCAUAGUCUCUGGAAUUUUUUUUAAUUCAGAUACUCAUGAAGCUUCUGGCAGAAAACCACUACCGAUGUAACAAAUUAUUAGUCUCUGUCAUUUUUAUAAAAUUGAAGUUUUCCUAUAGAACAUAUAUACAAUCAAACUGAAUUAAUUGAAUAAUAAGUAAUAGUAAAAAAAUCUUUUCAGAAACAAGCUUUUAUUUGGAGGAAAUUUUAGAGGACUCACAAUGUGGCUUUAAAAAAGGAAGAAACUCAAAUCACUUUAGAAUUAGACAAUUAAGAGAGAAAUUAUAAAUAAAGACAAGGAAAUUCAUUCAUGUUUCAUAUUUUUAGGAGGUAGCUCAAAAUGAACUUCCUAGAUUUAAUUACAGACAGGUGACACUAAAUAAAAGCUUGCAAAAUAGUUUUUUGAAUUAUUACUUACCUGAUGGUUUUUUUAAUCCGGUGGAAAGCUUAUCCAAAAAUGCUUGCCUUGAGGAUUGUAUGGAAGAGUCCACCUGAAUCUUAUCCUUAAUAUGUCCAUCUUUACCCAUGUUUCAUCCAGGUAGUAAAUUUUUCUAUUUUUUUUUCACAAAAUUUCUCAAUUUUUCCAAGGUAUUCUCGCCUCUACACAAUUAUUUUUGCUUUUUCAAUUAAUAAACUGUUCCUUCCACGUUUUUGGUAUCAAAAUUCCAUUCCUUUUAAUAAAAUAUUCAUCUUUUAAAAUCCGACUCUCAGAACUUUAUCCACUGUAGGGAAUUCAUUCUGAAAGACAAUUCUUUUGAUGGCUCUCUUAUCGAAAUUUUCAAUUGAAAUGUUAAUUAUUUUUCUUGAUCGAUACUUUUUUUGGGUUGGCCACUGAAUGAUUAGUUCUGUACUCUUGAACGAAUCGGUAGACACUUGAAGAAGAUACUCCGAAAUAUUUGCCGUUUCAGAAAGUAGUAGUAUAGCUAAUGUCAACAAUUUCAUCAAUAAGAUACGGCGCCCUGUUUCGUACUUAUUUCUUCGAUAAAUAGACUUUAGCUAGAAAGUUUAAUUACAUAGUUUGAGUUUAGUAGGGAAAUUUUGGACACUCUGUAUACAUUCCCUUCAUAUAGAUUCAUGUAUUAAAAAUAUGCAAUGAUAUGCUUUUAGUUUAUAUACAUAUUUGUUGUGUAUGUGGGACUAUUAUUAAAUUUUACAUGUUUUUGUAGUGUAUUAAUUAAAUUUAUUUUUCCUGAAAAAUGUAACUGUUUAGUGCAUAGUUUGUUUUUAUAUAAAUCCUAGUCAUUAAUUUUCUAAAGUUACCUGUAGUUGUGUAAUUAUUUUCAGAAUGUGUUGUGUUGUUGAAGUGCCAUUGAAAUAUUUUGUAUCCACAAUAAAAUAAUGUAAGAUGCAGUCCUGUGAUAAAAUAUGUAAGGUUAAUGCUACUUAAAAUAAAUUAGUUAUAAUUUUUA